AUCAUUCAGAACACGGCUGGCUGCCGGGGUUAUGAUAGGCAGAAUAACAUAGUGAAAUCAUUAAUCUCACAAUAUUAACCAUGUGAUGGAGGAUUAAAUUACCAAAGAGGAGUUUUCAUCAUGAGGACGAAGCUUUCGAAUAGACAGCCUACUCGGUAUUGGGGAAAUAUGUAGUAGACUCCGAACGGAACGGAAUGCAUAGCAGAGGUCAGCUGUGGGAGUCAGUCGCCCCCGCAGUUUUCUGAGCAAAGGAUGAAGUUACAGAGGAGGAAGCCAAACGGUGAAUAUUCCACUACGGGCAACUAGCAAACUAGAAUUGUAUCCUUUAUAUGGAUGUACGGGAGUGGAUAUUGGUACAGCAACAUGUUUGUUAUAGCAAACCUGGGUUAUUGACAAAGGCUAAGCAAAUCAUCACGGGCUGCCAUCUGCUAAGGACCCCCACUUUUGAAUUGAACAAUGACUGGACCCAACGCCACUAGCACUAGUUCACCUGCAGUGAAAAUGGGGAGGCACCGAUCCAAAAGUACCAGUGGCAGUACGUACUGCAUCUCGAGCCCGGGUGCUGAAUCUGCCUCCCUUAGCACCCCCAACAACGCUGGACCUUCAUCGGGAGAGGAAGAGGAGAAAGAUGGGGGGGUGCUAUUUUACGUGAACAGAACUGGUUUUCCCAUUGACGGUGUCACUUGGGAGAGGAUGUGGACUCAUGUGGCCAAAGUACACCCUGAUGGACAAGACAUUAGCAAGAUAAGGAAUGCUGCAUACCUUCCUAAACACCCUGUGCCAUCGGUCCCCAACUUCAAGCCCACCAUGUCUGUCCCUGAUUGGCUGCUGGCCAUCCAGAACUAUAUGAAGACUCUGCAAUACAAUCACACAGGAACUCAGUUCUUUGAGAUAAGGAAAACUAGACCAUUGUGUGGGUUAAUGGAGACUGCGAGGGAAAUGAUCAGGGAAUCUCUUCCAAUCAAAUGCCUUGAAGCUGUCAUCCUUGGAAUCUACCUGACCAAUGGGCUGACCUCGGUGGAGCGUUUUCCCAUCAGCUUCAAGACCCAGUUCUCAGGUAACCACUUCCACCACGUGGUGCUGGGCGUCUACUGCAACGGACGCUAUGGCACACUGGGCAUGAGUCGCCGCCAAGACCUCAUGGACAAGGCCCUGACCUUCCGCACGCUCAGCGACCUGGUGUUGGAGUUCGAGGACUCGUACCGCCGCUACCAGCACACCCUGAAGAAGGUGAAGAUCGGCCUAUACGUGCCCCACGACCCGCACGUCUUCCAGCCUAUCGAGUGGAAGUACCUGGUGCUCAACGCCGCCCGUCUGGGGAGAGAGGACAUGAGGAAGGAGCUGGAGAAGCAUGGCCGAGACAUGAGGAUGAAGAUCCUGAAGUCGUCAAGUGCCCAGUCUCCCAUCAAAGAACGGAGCAGAGGCAAGUCUCUCUCCCCCCGCCGCCGACAGAGCAGCCCCCAAAGACGCCACAUCCACCGGAGAGACAAGUCUCCUGCGGCUCUGGAUCGAAAGCCUGCAGAACUCAGCACUUUGACCGACGGCUACCAGAUCCGCAUCUGAGACUCCUUGGAACUGGACUGCAUUCUCCUGGUCUCCACUCUGACCACCCAGUCCGCCUCACACACCCUCAAAUAUGUUCACCUGACAUUGUGUAUAUCAUAAUUAUAAAGUAUUUAUAGGGUUUUGCCAGCAGCCUCUUCUGUAGGGUGAAUAUGAUGACAUUAUGCUAAACUUUAGGCAGACAUCCAGUAGGAACACAUACAUUGAAUAUAUCAAAUGUAUAUAUUUCCUGUCCUUCAUGACCAGACGAACAAAAGCCUGAACAAGAGGUGUUUCAUUAUACACCUCCACACAUGCAUUAGCCACAUGCAUUAGCCACAUGCAUUAGCCACAUACAUUAGCCACAUACAUUAGCCACAUACAUUAGCCACAUACAUUUGCAUACAUUUGCAUACAUAUAUAUUAUGUUUUUAAGGAAGGACUGAUGCCUAAAUUGCAUGAAGACAUCAUAUCAAGACCUCUCAUGCGUUUAGAGAAGUACAGAAGUAUGUAUGUUUUUUAAAAAUCUGUUUUUGUAUAGCCUGUGUGCUUUUGUGUAGGAGAGCAACAGUCACAUUUCAUUUACUUUUACAAUGUGAAGAUUCAUUUUUAAAAACAGAGUCUGUGGGUUAAAAAAAUAGCCGACAGUAUGCUGACGUUAUGUAAAAAGGAUCCAAUAGUGUGACUGAUCAUCUAUUCUUUUUUCAAUAUAAUUAAUAUAUAGACUGAAAGGUUGUUGUAAUGCCUAAAUCUGUAGAGGAUGUUAAGUAGUUAUCUGCUGGGCUGAGCUGUAGUCCGUUUGAUGAUGUGGGAAGUGAAAGGGUGAGGGGAGAAAGAGAGAGAAGAGUUGGAGGAAACAGGAGGUACUGUAGGCAGGCUUGAGGUGAGGGGAACAGAGAGGUGCCAAAGACCAGGGCAGUCAAGCAGAGAGCCUGCUGAGUACUCUGCUAAACCCCAGCCCUGACACUGACUCUCGGUUAGAUUAUCCCCCCUGUCUCUGUCUCUAUAGACCCUCCUCUCUCACAGAUACAGUGCUGGGCCCGGUUUCCCAAAAGCAUUUUAAGGCUAAGUUCAACAUUAGAACCAUCGCUUAAGAUGCUUUUGGGAAACCUGGCCCAGAUCAAUUAAUCUUUUAAGGAAAUCAAAGCUUGUGACAAUGAUGCUUUGGAGUUUAGCCAGAACAUUACCUUUUUAAUCCCAAGAGAAUUUGACCGUAACAUGUUGCUUCAAAUGUCAACUCUGUUACACCUCAGCAUACAGACAUAUACGAAAACAUGUCUGAUAAUAUUAUGUAGCUCCUAACCUGAGGCCUUUCUGGAUCCUAUCACAGAAUCUUGAAGUUAAGAAUGCAAAUACUGAACUGAACACCACAAGACAGACAUGUCAGUCAAAUCAAGGCUUCUAUGCCAUCUCAACUGCCAUGAUGCGGUGUUGAAGACUGUUUCCAUUUUUUUUGUAGUAUUCAAAAGUCAUCAGAUAUCCAGGAGGGUGCCAACUGAACAAUAAGACAUUUUAUAGCUUUUGGUUAAACAAGCUAUGCACAUCAAAUGGAAAUGAUAAAUCAUUGUAUGUCUUCCUCAAUCUAAAUAGUUUCGAGAUCGCAGCAGAAUUGAAAUCCAGUCUCAUUUUCUUGAAUCCUGAACGAGCUGAGAACAUAUCAGUUCUUAUGUUUCUAAUUAACAUUUUUUAUUCUAACGAUCAAAUUGUGAAUGGUGCUGCUAGUCUGACAGUAUACCAUCAAGGCCAACACUAUUGGCACCAGCCGUCUGAAAGACUAUAAGCACAAAAUAACCACACUAUUGGCACCAGCCGUCUGAAAGACUAUAAGCACAAAAUAACCAGCUUAAUAUACAUGGCCAAAAGUAUAUGUAUUGGUGAAUUCGGCGGUUUCAGUCACACCCAUUGCUGACAGGUGUAUAAAUCGAGCACACGGCCAUGCAAUCUCCAUAGACAAAGAUUGGCAGUAGAAUGGCCAAUACUGAAGAGCUCAGUGACUUCAAUGUGGCACUGUCAUAGGAUGCCACCUUUCCAACAAGACAGUUUAUCAAAUUUCUGCCGUGCUAGUGCUGCCCGGUCAACUGUAAGUGCUGUUAUUGGGAAGUGGAAAUGUGCUGAAGCGCGUACAACGUGAAAGUCGUCUGUCCUCGGUUGCAACACUCACUACCGAGUUCCAAACUGACUCUGGACGAGGCAUACAGUAUACAAUGACAUUCUAGACGAUUCUAUGCUUCCAACUUUGUGGCAACAGUUUGGGGAAGCCCCAUGACUGUUUCAGCAUGACAAAGCACAAAGCGAGGUCCAUACAGAAAUGGUUUGUCGGUGUGGAAGAACUUAACUGGCCUACACAGAGCCCUGACCUCAAACCCAUCGAACACCUUGUGGAUGAAUUGGAACGCCGACUGCGAGCCAGGCCUAAUCGCCCAACAUCAGUGCCGACCUCACUAAUGCUCUUGUGGCUGAAUGGAAGCAAGUCCCCGCAGCAAUGUUCCAACAUCUGACGGAAAGCGUUCCCAGAAGAGUGGAGGCUGUUAAUAGCAACAAAGGGGGACCAACCUCAUAGUAAUCGCCGUGAUUUUGGAAUGAGAUGUUUUGACGAUCAGGUGUCCACAUACUUUUGGCCAUGUAGUGUAUGACUUUGGUUUUACAAUCCUCUAUAGAAGCACAAUGUGCUUCACUUUUACACAAUACAAUCGUUUGUCUAAUCUAUACAGGCUAGGUUAACAUUCUUACUGUUAAACACUGCCGUUUAUAGAAAAAGAAAAUGACUGGGCUCUUUUCAAUAUGCAUUGCGGAAGUUCAGCUUUACAGCGUGAUUGAAAUUUGAAGGCAAUGUCAGCUUUAGUGGAGACUGCAUUUACCGUACCCACUGCAUAUCUAACGCUUCAGCUUUCCAGAUUGAUUAGAACCCUUACUGGGAGGAAAGACUGCUUUCACUGCUGCAAAUCUGGGAACUGAAAGAUAAUACUCUUAAGUGAUGUAGCUAAAUUAGAGUUGUGCUCUUAACUGUUUAGUGUUGAGCUAAAUUGUGUUGUGGCUGAGUUAUAUUGGUGAUUAUUCGCUGUUUCUUGAACACAUCUGUUACUGAGUGCAGUGUUUAAUCGUGCUGGUUGUUGUUUUUAUGACGUGGUGAAAACACUUUGUUGUGAUGAUGAUGAUGAUGAUGAUGAUAUAUUCUUUGGACGAGGUGUGAUUUUUAAAGAAGCACACCACAUUGUAGCAGUAUCAUUUUUCAAAGGUCUUGCUAUGUUUGUGCUGUUUGACCACUGAAUAGGCAUGAACAAUUAAGUACCAUCCAAUGGGAUAAUGGUUAAAGAAAAACAGUACCACUCAUGACUGUAGAUUUAUUUUAUCCAUUUUGUAUUUACCAAAUGGUGUUUAAAAAAAGAAAAACAGAAUCAAGUUAUCUGAAUAACUGCACAAUAUGAGUAACCUAAAUGGGAAUGUACUAGGACUCUGGGUGUUAAGAGUGUUCUCUUGGCCUCUUCUCGUAAAUGGGAACGUACUGGGACUCUGGGUGUUAAGAGUGUUCUCUUGGCCUCUUCUCGUAAAUGGGAACGUACUAGGACUCUGGGUGUUAAGAGUGUUCUCUUGGCCUCUUCUCGUAAAUGGGAAUGUACUAGGACUCUGGGUGUUAAGAGUGUUCCCUUGGCCUCUUUCGUAAAUGGGAACGUACUAGGACUCUGGGUGUUAAGAGUGUUCUCUUGGCCUCUUCUCGUAAAUGGGAACGUACUGGGACUCUGGGUGUUAAGAGUGUUCUCUUGGCCUCUUCUCGUAAAUGGGAACGUACUAGGACUCUGGGUGUUAAGAGUGUUCUCUUGGCCUCUUCUCGUAAAUGGGAAUGUACUAAGGCCUCUGAGUGUUAAGAGUGUUCUUUUUUAUACUCAUGCCACUGGUGCUGCCAGUUGGCUGGUGUUAUUCUCAUAUCUUCCUGGAAAGGGCUGAUCUAUUUGUCCCAUUGGCUGAAAAGGAAAAGUAUUGAUGGUAGAUCAAUAGCAGAACAAAUGGUAGCAUUUCUUACAGCACCACUAUUCUAUUGAAAUGAGACUUUCGAAUCCGCCCCUGGUGUUCUCCAUGUAUGAUGAUGAUGUAUGAUGAUUUAUUUUGACCGCUGGUGGAAGAUAAUGUCCUCCCAACUCCUACUGUUACACUGAUCAGUUGACAAUGGUUUUUAUCAACUCUACCAUGUGUUGUAAUAAAAAAUGAUUUAUGUUUCUA